UUUCCUGAAGGCAGUGUUGAGCUGUAUGCAGAGAAAGUUGCUACCAGGGGGUUGUGUGCCAUUGCCCAGGCAGAGUCUAUGCGCUGCAAACUCUUGGGAGGGCUGGCAGUCUGCUAUGGUGUUCUACGUUUCAUCAUGGAGUGUGGAGCCAAGGGAUGUGAAGUUGCAGUUUCUGGCAAGCUUAGAAGCCAGAGGGCCAAAUCCAUGAAAUUCGUGGAUGGCUUGAUGAUCCACAGUGGUGAUCCUGUUAAUUACUAUGUAGAUACAGCUGUACGCCAUGUUCUUCUCAGGCAAGGUGUACUGGGCAUCAAAGUCAAAAUCAUGUUGCCUUGGGACCCAAGUGGUAAGAUUGGCUCUAAGAAGCCUCUGCCUGAUCAUGUCAGCAUUGUUGAGCCCAAGGAGGAGAUCUUGCCUACAACCCCCAUUUCAGAACAGAAGGGAACCAAACCAGAGCCACCUGCUAUGCCACAGCCUGUCCUGUGA